CCUGUUUAGAUUCUGCUGUAAAGUAGAAAUAAGACUAAAUAUGUCGAGAUUUUGCCCACUACAGUGUAUGAAAUCUACAAAAAACAAUGCUGAAAAAAUUGCAGUGCUUAUUCUUAACAUGGAUUUAGGAUGUGAUAUUUCUCCACCAAUAUUCCAUCACUUAUGGGACAAAGCGGUAUUUCGAGCUUGUGCAGAUGGUGGAGCUAACUUUGUUUAUGAUGUAAUACAGAAAGGUACAAAUGGUAACAGAACGAAACACAUGCCUGAUCUUAUAAGUGGAGAUUUUGAUUCUAUUCGACCUGAAGCAAAGCAGUUUUACGAGAACCAAAAUGGAAUAUCUAUAGUGCAUACACCUGAUCAAGAUGCCACUGACUUUACUAAGUCCUUAAAAUUAAUAUUUGAAAAAAUUCAUCAAAAACUUAUUGACGUUAAUCUUAUUGUUGCCUUGGGUGGAAAACAAGAUAGAUUUGAUCAUAGUAUGGCAAAUAUAAGUACCUUAUUUCAAGCAGCAAAUUUCCUUCCACAACAUGUUCGAAUUUGUCUUAUGUUUGGUUCAUCUUACGUUUGCUCGCUACCCAAAGGAAAAAGUAUAAUUGAAGUAAACACAGGUUUGGAAGGUGACUGGUGUGGGUUAAUACCUAUUGGAAAUCCAGUCAAUUUGACGACAACAGGACUUAAAUGGAAUCUCACUAAUGACAAACUUGAAUUUGGUGAACUCAUUAGCACGUCCAAUGAACUUGAUGGAUCUAAUGAAGUAACUGUUGAAACUGAUCACCCGCUAAUCUGGACUCUAGCUUUCAAAACACUUCAUAGUGAUACAUGAACAAACCUUAAUUAAGUAAAAUCAUAUUUAUGUCAAUAAUUAUAAUCCAAAAAAGGGAAAGCAAAUCAUGUAUUUUCUUUAAUUUUGCAAUUGCGCCUGAUGCCUCAAGUUCAUGUGUUCAGAACAAUUAGCUAUUUCCAGUCUCAAAUUUGACUAGUAACUGGACAAUGUGCUCUGCAAAAUGAGCUCCCAAAUCAUCAGACUAGUUGCCACAAAUUAAAAAAAAAUGUUUGACAUUCUCACCCAAACUCCAUUUCAAGAGUAACCCUGCAUCUGCGUUACACCAGUUUUAAUAAUAAUUUACAGUUUGUGUUAUUUUAGUCAAAGACAUUCACUUUUAAUUUAUUUUUACAACUGCUGGACUAUUCAUCAUCUUAUGAUACACAUUAGAUUAUGAAUGAAAAAUGUGUUAUUAUCACAUAUAACACCUCUAUAUGUUUUAUAUCAAGUAAAUUGUUUUAAUUUGGAUAUUAUAUUAUAGGGGUUUUUCCCUUUAUUUUUCAUAUUUCAAUAUUGUUUUAGUUUUUUGAUGUGCUACCUCAACUAGGAUUCCUUCAUUUUUGAAUUUUUUUGUUGGAGUUCGGUACUGGGUAGACCCACGGUUACCAUAUUUUCUUGACUUCAAAGCCGGACGCCUCCAAAGAGAACAGCCCAUUAGCUGUGAUCAUGUAAUUUUACAGUUUCCGAUUUUACUACAUAAGCCUAAAAAUCUUCUCUCGGAACUUCGCUACAGGGGUGGUAGCGCUAA